AAAUUAUCUGAUCAAUUUACUGUAGUAAUUUGACAGAUGAGAUGCCUUUUAUCAAAAUGGAAUUUUUGAAAUAAGUACUGGUAUACACAGAAAUAUUCAAAAUGACAACGUUUAAUGAAAUGAAGGGAGAUUGAAUAUCAGCUUGUAUAUGCCGGUUGAUUGGUACUUGGCCGUCAUCGAUGAUCUGUUCUUUAUUUAUUGCUCCUCUUCAUUGUGUUUUUAUGAAGGGACGGUCAUUUUUUGACUCGCUAGAAGGAAGUUAUUCUGAAGGAGAAACAAACCCAAGCCUUGAUUUCACUGUCGACUAAUGGACUAUUAUUUUAAUGGUUUUCCGGGGAGGUGAUUUUGCCUAUGUCAGAUAAUAGCUAACAUAGCCCCAAUCUCCGAUAUGUGAACUUGUGUGCAAGGCACAAGUUCUCCCAAACAGUGAGAGAGGAAGUAAAUACAUUUCCUUGUGUGAAAGUGAAAGUAGUUGUAAACAACACAGUGCAGGGGGACCUUGCUGUGCUCUAUAAAUAGCUGGCUUCGGUAUUCAAAUGGAAAGAGAAACAUAAAAAACCUGUUGACAAGCAUGCCUGGCAUUCCUGAACUCUGACAAUCUGUUUCAUGUAAUUGCCUUUUUGUGUGGAUGUGAAGCCGCCUCGGCUACAUCGAUGGAAGCGAAGGUUCUUUGUCCUGUUCAAGCCCGAGGGUAGUCUUCCUCAUCAGUACGUACUGAACUACUACGGGGAUGAGAACUGUAAACGACUGAAGGGGGUCAUAGAUCUGGAGCACUGUGAACAAAUCAUCGAAUCCCUCGACCUCGAACUCUACCCCUUCCUGCUGGCAAUCAAAACCUUCCAUAAGUCCAAGGAGCGGACCUACUUCCUGGCGACGGACACAGAGGAGCAGAUGACCACCUGGGUGAGGAACCUGUGUAGUGUGUGUGGACUGAAGCCGGAGGAUAACCCCAACACUGAUGACAUUCCUCCACCGAUCACAGACAACCCUAGAGCCAGUCUACCACUCCCAGUAGAACACCAUCAAACAAAGCCAGUGUUAGCCGAGCCCCCUGUCACCCUCCAACCCACCGACCCCCACCCCACACUCAGGCAGAACUGGCUGGAGGAAUACCUCCCUUUGUCAGAGUGUAGCUCGGGCAACAAACCAAGCCCCAACCGUCAGGACAGUGUGGACGAUGUCCCUGAUGAGCACGCUCCGCCUCCCCCUGUCAAGGAGGGACACAAUGAUAUGGACAAUGAUGUUUUUCACCCAUCGACUUAUGAUACGCCAAAACGUUGUGAGAGGGGAAUAAACAGUAUAUACAAGGUGCCCCCUCCCCGUGUGAUCACCCCUGACCAUAACGACGCUCAGGACCCGUACGAUGUUCCCCCACCCACCCACCACAGCCCGAGCUCCCCUCGGUCCAGUAGCAGUGACAGCCAGAAGGUGGACUCCGCCUACUCGUCACAGGAUGUGUACGACGUCCCUCCCACCACUCACCCCAGUGUUCCCAGGAUGGGGGAUGUCCCCCCACGCCCUCCCCCGCCAAAAUCUUAUGUUCAAGAACCAUAUAUGAACCUUCCCAGCAACAGUCACAUUUCUACUAAGAUUGAUUUAGACAAAGUGGUGCCCCCAUCUGCUCUGGACAAACAUUGUUCCCUGGGAUCCUACGAUAUCCCUCCUCCUAAGCUGACUCACUAUGACAGACCUAAAGCAAGUACUCUAAUGAAUGGUGACAUUAAAUCUGUGUCCCCCAAUAGUGUUCCUCCCCCACCCACAAAGUGUUCAACUGGCACCUCCCACAGUUACAUAAAUGCCGGCAAGGGUUAUGUGCAGCCACAUGUGGACGGUGAGAACAAUUAUCUUCCAAUGGAGGGAAACAAAUCCCGGAAUAACUCGGACAGUGUAUACCACGACAUGUCAGGAGGUCAUGACCCUUACCUGGAUAUGACCCCUGGAGGUCACCACCAGGUGGAGUAUGACACCCCUCCAGCCCGGCCCCCCAGGGUGUCUCCCAGACCUUCCACAAACCAAGAACAAGACACAUAUACUAUAUUUAGCACAGCGCGGACCAGAAGUUUUAAACGGCAUCCCAGCUCCAGUAGUUCUCAAGGCACGCUGGAAAAAAGGUCAAACCAGUCUGCCCCACCCCUCCCCUCCCCCCUGAGGCACCCAGACAUGGAGACCAGCUCUGAGGAAGAUGAGGACUACUUAGUGGACCCCAAACAGGUCAUGAUGCCGUAUUACUACUCCGAACAGAGGUCCAAAGGAUGGGGGGACAUUCCUCCUGCCCCCAACAAACAGGACAUGGAACUGAAGUACCUAGAGCUUUCAUUGGACAAUCCUUACAAUGAUAAUGACAGCCACAGUCUCUCUGUCCAGAACCCUGGACAGAGCACCCCCACCGAGUACAAGGAGAUAGACUUCGUCAAGACCAAGGGGCUCCAUGACCUCAAGUCGAAGGUCCAAAACGACCGCAAACACGACGAAGCAUGACGGCAGGUCGCGGGUCGCUGAACAGUUCCAUUGUGUGAUGUAGAGGGCAGGCUGUGUGUGUGUGGUGUGUGAUCGGUAUUUCUGGGUGGUGUGUGUGGUAUUUUUAUGCCGCAUGAGUCUGGCAGUGUGUGUGGUGAUUGUGGCAGUGUGUGUGUGGUGGGUGGUAGUGAAUGUGGUAGGCUGCAGUCAUAGUCCAAUUAACAUUACCCUGCAGGUUCUGUGUUUGGUAGUUGUUGCGGAUAUCUGUCAUUUUGGUAGUUUUUAUAAUGAUCCGUGCAAUCUACCCUUAUGGAUUGGUAUACCCUUAUGGCAGAAGGAAAUCAAGAUCAUAGAACUGUUAUAUGAUGGAAGUGAUGAAGGCCCUGGAGGAGUGACCCGUGGCUGGUCGUGUUAUAUGUCAGGGGGACGGGGAUCUUGCUCUGUCACAGAUUCCAUUCUCACAAUGAUUAGACUAUUGUAUGUAUUACAUCAACAGGAAUGCACAGGUAAUGCAGGAAAAACAACACACAUGUACAAGGGUGUACGUGUACACAGUACAGGUUGUACACAAUUAAAGAAGUAUAAACACACACCUGCCAAAUCUGAAGGUAGUACGCAAUACACAAAAUGUAAAGAAAUCGUUUUGUUGACUGUCUCAGUUAGUUGUAAAGGAUAAUUUUUCAAGAAUUUUUAAAAUAUUUGUUUGUUGUUUUUUUUCUGACUUUUCGUAUAUUUUAUAUAUAUCACUGAACUGGUGAAUUUUUGAUCCUGUAAUUUGUUUUGACAAGAAAUAUAUUCGACCAAAUGCAAGGUGUAGAUGUAAGCUUUCAUGUCAUGUUGACAAGUCGGCCACCUUCAGUCUGUUUACUCUCAAUGAACUUAAAAAUAGCACCCAACCCAAAUAUUUUAUUAACAUUUGAGCAUCGUAUAUUGAAAAAACUUAUUUUUUUUUUUACUAAGAGAGGUUUAAAGUAAAAUUUCAUCACUCACCUAUUAAAGUUGAUUUUCUAUAAUCUAUGCAUACACAAACCUACACAUAGCCCAUAGGGAGCAAACAUGAAAAAAGAAGGUGGCCUUGUAACAACAAUUAUAUUAAACAUUAUGAUCUGCCUUAUCCACUAUAUUAUAAAAACUUUGUUCAGAAGCCAGGUUGUGUGGAGGUUGGUUGAAACCGAUACAUCGUAUAAGUGUCACAGUGAAUACUGGUUGUUUUGUUUUUUUCCCAUGAAGAGUGCUAAGCUUAUAUUGGUAAUACUUCAACAUUUCUCUUUAUACAUAUAUUUUUUGUACACAAAAUUGUAUGCCAGUUAAUGGUCAUAGAAAUUUUAUUAUUUGAAAAAUAUCUUUUUCUCAUUUUUUGCUUCAGUGGUUGGAAAAUGAUGUUGUUUGAUACUUCCUCUGUCUUCAGUUUGUUUCAGAAGUAGCUUCUUAUUAGAUGUAUUUUAAUGUUUUUUAUAUUGUGCUUUUGACAAGCUCAUAGAACAAUUGUUUAUCUUGCCACAAAUUUUGAUAAUAUUUGAUUAUGCCAAAAAAUGAAACCAUAAAUAACGACAAAACCUGAUAAAGCCAAAGAUUUGUAUUUGCUCAGUGAAUUCCCACCGCUAGGGGGCGCUGGUGGUUGUCCUGCUAAAUAUGGUUGUUAGGUCAUGUGACUUGUGUAUAGAUGAAAUUAUUUUGUAGAAUUUUGCAAAAAUGUGAGUUUACUCUUGGUAUUCAAUGCAAAAAGUUUGUAAAUGAAUUGAUUCCUGUAUAGAUAAAAACUCCUUUUGUUUCAAUACAAAUAUGUUAUAUUCUUGGAUAUAGCGAAGUCCUCAGGGAUCUGUAUCAUUACAAUGCUUAGUUUUUAACUUCUAACUCAAAAUAUAUUUCCUGGUUAAUGAAAGUUGAAUUUGUGAUCCAUUAAGAAAAAAAAAAACCCUGUUUAUUAUGUUUUCAAGGAUCAUUUUAUUUUACUUGAUAAACAUACCCGGUACAUAUUUGUAAAGAUCAUAAGAUGGCUCUCUUUAAUUAGCAGACAAAAAGCAGUGUGGAAGGUGCUAACUUAUAAUUACUGCGUAAUUAGGUACAUUUACAUGAUCAGUGAAAUGUCACAGAUACAGUGUGUAGCAAAAUGAAUCAACAGGUCCCAGAACUUCGCGAUCAUCCAGUUUUACUGUUGAAUUUAAAAUCAUGUUUUAAAAUGAGUUGUAAUCGGUAUCUUUAUUCUCCUUCCUGGUAUUCUUAGUGCCUAAAUCUGAACCUUCGUAGGUUUAUGUUUUUGUGUGAGUGUACUCGUAUUGAGUUUGCUCAAAGCCUAUGUCGCUUCACACCAGUAUUAGUGUUUGCUUAUUUCAUUUUAUCACACCUUGUUUUUAUAAUGAAUGUAAAUGACCAAUACUUGAAUAAUGUGUACACUAAUGAUUUCAUGCAAUUGUUGAUACUUUAGAUGAGAUGGAAAUCUAUUUCCUCCAUACAGAAAUGUUAUAUUUUUAUAGAUCCCAUUUUCCUCAGACCUUGGCCAAAACUUACUGAUGCUUCCAUUUUCAGACAUUUUGUUUAUGUAUCAAAAGUUAAUUUACAUCUAUCACCAAAACUAAUAUGCUGUGUAAGGUAGUGCAUUUAAAAGAAACCGAAGGCCACACAGUGACAGUUAUAUUGUAUAUUUCAGUGUAAGCUCUCAACAGGUGCCCCAUGAAAGAGGCAGUGUUUGUUGACAGUAAAUACCACAAAUAUAAUCUGUUGAUUAAACUGCUAGAAUCAUUAUUUUAUUUUUCAAAAAAAGUUUUUUAUUUCAUUUUCUAAAAAGCAAAGAGUGGGUGAGGUUAGUCUUUUUCACUAAUUUAUUCAUAUUUCACACAGUCAUAUACACAUAUUAAAUGACCAAUUUUAGUUCCUUGUGAAAUAAACAUAAUUCCUUUUGAUGUACAAUAGUAAUGGUACUUAACCAACUUCCUGUAGUUUUAUGUUCUGUUAUUAUUUAUCAGAGGCUGUGGAACUGUGGUUCCCUAUAGGAAGUAAUUCCAUCAAAAAGCAGGACUCUCCCUCCCCGAGCCACUGACCAGCACUGUAGGACUCUUUUCAGAUUUCUCUAGAGAUGGGAAUUUUAGGAAUGAAAUGCUAGGGGGUUUUAUGCACUCAGUUCUUGUUCAUUCCUAGGAGCAGUGUUAAAUCUGUCACCAUAUAGGGUUUAGGGACUUGUAUUUACAUCCAACAGGAUAACUCCUUGUUUUAUGGACUCACAUGUACAGCCAAUAGAAUGUUGGUUCCUGCUAAUUUUUAAUGACAUACAAAUGAUACAUCCAAUAGAAUGAGGGCUCUGAUUGAUGGGACAAGUUGUGUUACUUUGUUAUGUUGUUGUAUAUAGCAAUAGUCAUUUAUGUUAUAAAAUUUCUCUUUUUUGUUAAUUGAUUUUUAAUAUAUAUAUAUAUUAGAUACAUACAUACCAAUUGUUACUUGAGCUGAACCGUUUUGAAUCCUCCCUGUUGGACAGUACUGAACUAUUAGUGUGCCAUUGUAAGAUAUUGGUCAGCAUUGGAGACUGUCCUGUUGAUGAACAGUGCGUAGUUUUUAAUAAACUCCUAAACAAUGA